CGGGCGGCAAGGCCACACCCCGGCGCCGCGACCCCGAUCCAGCGCGGUCAAGAUGGCGCUGGCGGCAGGAACGCGCGUCUCCUCGCGUGCAUUGCUCCGCCCGUGGGCCCUGCUCCGGGGCGCGACCAUCAGGCGGACGGAGCCGGCGGCCGGCGGCGGGGACAGCGCGCGGCGCUUCGGGACCCAGCGGGUGCUGGUGGAGCCGGACGCAGCCGCAGGGGUCGCCGUGAUGAAGUUCAAGAACCCCCCAGUGAACAGCCUCAGCCUAGAGCUGCUGACAGAGUUCAUUAUCAGCCUGGAGAAGCUGGAGAAUGACAAGACCUUCCGAGGCGUCAUCCUGACUUCGGACUGCCCCGGGGUCUUCUCCGCAGGCCUGGACCUGAGGGAGAUGUGUGGGAAGAACCCGGCCCACUACGCCGAGUACUGGAAGGCGGUGCAGGAGCUGUGGCUGCGGCUGUACCUAUCCAACCUGGUGCUGAUCGCCGCCAUCAACGGAGCCUGCCCGGCCGGAGGCUGCCUUAUCUCCCUCACCUGCGACUACCGGAUCCUGGCUGACAACCCGAAGUACCUCAUGGGGCUGAACGAGACACUGCUGGGCAUUGUCGCCCCCUUCUGGUUCAAAGACACCCUUGUGAACACCAUUGGGCACCGUGCCUCAGAGCAGGCCCUGCAGCUGGGGUUGCUCUUCCUGCCAGCAGAGGCCCUCCAGGUGGGCCUGGUGGACCAGGUGGUGCCUGAGGACCAGGUGCUGAGCACAGCACUCUCGGUGAUGGCCCGGUGGAUGGCCAUUCCAGAUCACGCUCGACAGCUGACCAAGAACAUGAUGCGAAAGACCACGGUAGACCGCCUGGUGAAGCAGCGCGACGCAGACAUCCAGAACUUUGUCAGUUUCAUCUCCAGAGAUUCCAUCCAGAAGUCCCUGCAGAUGUACUUAGAAAAGCUCAAACAAAAGAAAGGCUAAGGGCUGGGCUGCCCAUGCAGGUUUUUUAGCCGUAUGCACCCUUCUGGGGGCCCUAUGGUUCCAAGGGAUUUAAAGAAGCCGUUUUCCAAUUUAAAAGUACUUUUAGCUCUUUGUUUUGCUCAUCUCCCUAAAAGUCCUGUUCCUUGUAGCCAUAGUCCCAAGGCCUGUGCUUGGCGGGUGGGCAGGUAGGCACAGCUGGCAAG